AUGCGUACUACCGGGUUGCUGCUACUGGGUGCGUUGGCAGAGCUGGGUUCUGCUACAUACAUCCUCGAGGAUGACUACCAGCCAAACACCUGGUUUGACCAGUUCAGGUUCUUUUCUGCGAAAGAUCCAACCCAUGCAUAUGUCAACUACCUCGACCAGGCGGAGGCUCGCAGCCAGAACUUGAUCGGCAUCCGGAACAACGCUGUCUAUCUAGGUGUCGAUCACAAGAACGUUGCAACGGGGGAGGGCCGAAGCUCUGUUCGCCUCGAGACAAAGAAGGUAUAUAAUCAUGGGCUGAUCGUUGCUGAUAUCAACCAUAUGCCUGGAGGAGAGUGCGGGACGUGGCCUGCCUUCUGGACUACCUCUUCUGUCUGGCCAAAUGAGGGUGAGCUCGAUAUAAUCGAAGGUGUCAACCAACAGAAACAAAAUGACUACGCUCUUCACACUGCUCAGGGGUGCAGCAUCCCCGAGCGGGGAGACUUCACCGGAAGUGUUGUCACACCUAACUGCGACGUUAAGGCUCUCGGUCAAGCUGAAAACCAGGGCUGUCUAGUCGAAGAUACCAAGGGCUCCCGAGGAUACGGACCCGAUUUCAACAACGCUACAGGUGGUGUCUUUGCUACUGAAUGGACCGACCAGGCCAUCUCUAUCUGGUUCUUUCCCCGUGGAGAUGUCCCCAAAGAUGUCAACAGCGAGCACCCCGACCCAUCCAAAUGGGGGAAGCCCUCUGCCUUUUUCGGCGGCGGAGAGUGUCCCAUUGGAAAACAUGUUCGCAAUCAAAGAAUCAUCUUUAACACUGCAUUUUGCGGAGGCUGGGCUGAUGGAAUGUGGCCCGGUGACCCCAUCUGCUCAAAGAAAGCACCUACUUGCAUGGAAUACGUCCGUGAAAAUCCAUCCGCUUUCGAGGACGCAUACUGGUCAAUCAACUACAUGAAGGUAUACCAACAGGGAACUGCUCCAACCAAGCCUAGCCAGGCCCCUGCACCUCCAUUCUCGACCUCUACCAUGCCCAUCAUGAAGUCUACUUCAACCGUCUCUUCCAUCGUCUCUGCCACUCAGCCUGCUCCUACUGCCAACAACCCUACAGGAGCGCCCAUGCAGCCCUCUAGCUCCUCCGGUAACAAUGGCCCUCAACCCACCGGCGAAAACGGAAACCCAGGCAACUCCUGUCCUCCACCAACUCAACCUGCCUGCCGCACUUACGUUACCACCAAGACUUACACCCUCGUAAGCACCAUGAUGCCAUCCGGUCCACAGACUACAGGUGGCAUUGUCCCUGUCCCAUCCGCAGCCUUGGAAGAUAUCAAGGACACUGCUCAACGUCGACGACGACGGGAUAUGGAACGUCAUGCCAGACGCGGCCACCAUAACUAA